AUAAUUUUAAGAUACACUGGCAAUCUCUUAGUAAAAAUACUAUAGUUUUUUCGUAUGUCACGGAAUUUCUUAAAUAAAAUUUUCCUAACUCUUACUGGAGACUACGAAAAAAUAGGAGGAAUUCAAAAACCAAUAUCCACAGUGGAAACUUAGGCAGCUAGCAGAUUUUGACUUAAAGCAUUACAGAAACGAACCGUUUUCUAUCUCUUGCCACCUUUCCCUAUAUAUAGUUAUAUACUCGUAUCUGACGACUUAUGAGAUUUAUGUGACCCAUCAGAAGUCAAUCAACGUGCUUCUUCUACACUUAUAUCCUCCUACAUCAUUUCCAUAUAUACCUUUGAAUUUUACAACACCUUCGUUAAAGCCAUGGCCAUCCCUCCUUGUGUGCUUCUUCUCACCAAUCUGCUUGCUAUCUUCCUCCUUCCAGUGGCCUCUUCAUCUGAUAUUAAUAUUAUCACACAAUCUCAGCCACUUGUUGAUGAUGGAAGAACCACCUUAGUGUCUGACAAUGGAAAGUACGAACUGGGAUUUUUUGGCCCAGGUAGCCGUCCACAUCGCUAUAUUGGAAUCUGGUUCAAAAGCAAAACAGUAAGAACUGUUGUUUGGGUUGCCAACCGUGAAAACCCAAUGAAACACAGUUCAGGAAAGUUUAUCAUAAACAAAGAGGGAAACCUAGUACUUGUGAACAAUAAUGACACACUUGUUUGGUUGGCGAAUUCAACAGGAAAGGCAUCGAGUCCAAUUGUCCAACUUUUAGGCUCUGGAAACUUGGUACUAAGAGAUGAGAAAGACCAGAAUCCAGAAAACUACAUGUGGCAGAGUUUUGACUAUCCUUCUGAUACAUUAUUGCCAGGAAUGAAGGUAGGAUGGAACCUAAGAACUGGUCCUAAUCGGUAUUUGACAGCAUGGAAGAACUGGGAUGACCCUUCUGCAGGAGACUUUAGAAGCGAGCUCAUGCUUCACAAUUUACCAGAAAAGGUUUUCUGGCAAGGGCUCACAGAAUAUUACAGGAUAAGCCCUUGGAAUGGUGUUUCAUUUAGUGGUUCUUCUGCAGUGAACAGCAAUAUAGCGUUGGUAUCCAAAGGAUGAGGUCUACUUUCAUGUACACUCCCAACAAUGAGUCUGAGAUUUUUAUAGAUGUCUUGAACCAAACAAAAUAUGCAAUGCAAAGGUUGAUAUGGGUUGAAGAUACUCAAAGUUAGAAAUCUUUUGGUGAUUUACCAAGAGAUAACCGCGAAAAGUACAAUACUUGCGGCUCGAAUGGAAUUUGUAUCAUUGAAUUAUCCAAUUGCCAAUGCUUGAGAGGAUUCAAUCCAAAAUCACCCAAAAAUUGGGACACGUUUGACUGGACAGAAGGGUGUGUUCGUAGUGACCAGUGGAACUGUAACGUGAAAGGUAAAGACACUUUUCUUAAAUUUAGUGGGUUGAAAUGACCAGAUGCUACACAUACUUGGGUCAAUGCA